ACCAACUCUACCCCCGAGGGAAUAAAGAGCUAGCGGAUUAGUUUGAGCCCUUCGCCCAGCGGAGAGACGGGAAGAAAAAGGGGGGGAAAUCCCUCAAUUGACAAGUUCCCACAACAGAAACACAAAGGGCUCCGUUCGUUUGGGACCUUACACACACAUAUAGAUACAUACAUACACAGACUCAAUCCCUGCAAAGCGAGAGGGGACAAAGGAUGAGCCUACUUUCAGCAAUCGACACCAGCGCCUCGGUGUACCAGCCAGCCCAGCUCCUGAACUGGGUCUAUCUGUCUCUUCAGGACACCCACCAGCCUAGUGCCUUCGAUGCCUUCAGGCCCGAGCCGGCGACCCACCACCAAGAUCUCAACUAUGCCAAAGCUGCUGAUCUGGGGACUUCGCUCUGUUCCAAUUAUCUCAACAACUUUUCCCAGCUCCACAGGAACGAGCCUAUCAGCAGUGGAUUGUACAAGAAUGCCUCUCCCUAUGGUUCAUUGAGCAACAUCGUGGAUGGACUGAGCUCACUGACAGACCACUUCUCGGAUCUAUCCCUAUCGGCUGAACCUCGCAAACCUGGCAAGAGGCCCCCACCCAAUUAUUUAUGCCACCUCUGCUUCAACAAAGGACACUACAUCAAGGACUGUCCCCAGGCUCGUCCCAAAGGAGAAGGGUUGACUCCCUACCAGGGAAAGAAACGCUGCUUCGGUGAAUACAAAUGCCCCAAGUGCAAAAGGAAAUGGAUGAGUGGAAACUCCUGGGCCAACAUGGGGCAAGAAUGCAUCAAGUGCCACAUCAACGUUUACCCCCACAAGCAGAGACCCUUGGAGAAACCUGAUGGCCUGGACGUGUCAGACCAGAGCAAGGAGCACCCUCAGCAUCUGUGCGAAAAGUGCAAGGUUCUGGGCUAUUAUUGCCGCCGGGUGCAGUGAGUGGUCUGCCGGCAUCCGUGACCACCCCCAACAGCACCCCAACCCUACCCACCCGCCUGCCUUCCCCUCCUGACAUUCGAGAGUCCUCAGACCACACUCAUCUGAAGAAGAAUUCACCAAAACCAACAACUAACAAGCCUUAAAUUUGGUAGAAUGUGACUGUUGCCUGUGUAUGCGUGUAAUUCCAGGUUCUAUUUCCAAGUUGUAUUUAUGGUAUCGUUAACUACCAGGAGCAGUAUUACCAAUGGCACCUUAUACGGCGUGUCGUGCCUCCUCUUUGUUUACAGUGACUUUGUACCAUGGACAAGUGCAAAAGGGGAAGAACAUACUGGGCUUCGAGGCUGAUAUUUAAACCAAUCCCCUGCAGUGCCAUUACUAAUCAUUAAGCCAAUAGCACAAGUUCAUUUGCUGUGAAAGGUCACUUUGAUUUCCCCCUCCCCGACCCAACCCCACCCCCUCCCCUCCCGUUUGCCCCAGGUCUUUGGUUUCCAAAAGCUGAUGAGCAUCAGUAUUAGAAUCGUAAAACAAAAGAUAAGAAAUGGUUAUUGGCAAGUGAUGACUGACAAUAUGUGUCUGUAGAGUCAAGAGUAGGAGGGAAUAGAGACUCGAGAAUUGAGUGCCAUUGGUUAACUCUUCAGAGUGCCGAUUAAUAUUUCUGUAAAGUGCGGCAAUGCAAGUGUGUUAGGUCUCCUAAUGCAAAAGAAUAGUGGAGUGUUCAGCAAAUUAAAUACUGUGAGAAUUUUUAUAUCUUUUCAAUAAUUUAAUCAGCAAACACUAAGUGCCUUUAAAAACUUAUUUCCCUACCUGUCAUUUUAAAAUUAGCGUUGUUCCCAAUUUUUGGCACCACAUUUCAUCUAGGAUGGGAUCUCAUUGACUGUUUCCCCAGCGUUGCUUUGUGAUUCACUGUCAAGAGGUUUAAGACAGCAAGCUAGCCUCUGGGACUGGUGCUCUGCAUAAUUAAGCAGCUUGGAUAUUUGUUAGGUGUGCAGAGAUGGAGGGAGGAAGUGGGAGAGGGCCACCAGGGUGGAUUGUGCAGCAUCUCAGUCUAGUGAUCCACCCCUCCCUCCUUCAGUCUGGUGGGCUUCUCCCACUGAGGCUACACCCUUGUCCACUCCACCCUCACCACUUCACAUACAAGUUCUGCUCAGUACAAGGAAGUAUCAUAAUCAUUUCAACGUUGGAGUAAACCUAAAGUUGCCUGAGAUCCUGCAAACCUCUUAAAGCCUAGUGUUAAUAUCAAGGAGCAUUUCUGACCAAUCAGCUGACCUCUUAGAAGCUUCUGCCCUCAUUUCUACAGGGGCAAGUUUAUAUCAUAGAUUGCACAUCUAGUUGUUUUGUUACAGAUCUUUCAAGACAGAGAGGUCAGUGUCUCAUUCUUUCUUAAAACAUUGUCAAAACAAAAAAGACAACAAUCUGUAGAUAGCAGUUACUGAAGGUGGCAUUAGUGUGACCAUAGAGACAGGCCAAGGUGAACAUAGUGGUGUAUAAUCACAAGGGCAAAAUUGUCUGAAUUUGUCAUCUGUAACAAAUGUUUAUUAUACUGAUAUUUACCAACAGAAUUUUUGUUGAAUUUUAAACAGAAACUGAUUCAUUAGUAAUCCAGUGUCCCAAAUGCAUACAGCUUUCGAAAAGGAACAGCUGAAGGGUCUCCAUAACCAAUCAGACUGCAAGAUUCUUAGUCAGUGUAAACUAUAGGCUAGAACUUGAUGUCAAACUUUUAUAGGGGGUGCAAUAAAGAAAAGGGAUGAAAGACAGGAUUAGAUUAGCAAGAAUUGAAAGAAACUGAAAGAAAAUAUUCUGCAUGAAUUACCUAUUUAAGUUAAUUGUCUUGAGAUCUCUACCAAUUUAAGGGGCUCAAUCAAUGAGACUGCACAAUUGUCAAAGUUAAUUUUAAGAGUCAGAGGGGGUUAUCUGUAAUUAUUUAAUAAUGUGCCAUGAUCUCCAACAAUUUUUAAAUUUGGAGUCUAAAUUAAUUAGAUUCCAGAGUUGCAGUAGUUAAUUUUAUGAAUCAGAAGAGUGAGGGGUAGGGAGGAGGAGGGUAUCUGUAAUCAUUUACUAGCAUGGCAUUUAAAAUCGUACACUGAAUAUACAAGCCCUAACCUUCUCUGCAGGGAACACUCUAUUACAGAGAUAUGGUCUGUUUUUUUUUAAUGGGCAUUCUUUUGAAGUCUGAGCACGACAGAAACUUGUCAGUUUAGAAUACAGGCACUUUUCCCCUCAUACCAGUGAAGUACAGAAAGCCAGCAUGACUCACUGAGAUCACUUUAUACACUGUAAUUUUAGCUGAGUGACAACAGCAGAUGGCUUACAGGUUCUUGCUGCGACACACGAACAUCACAGUUGGUCAGUGAGCACCUGCAAUGGCCAAAAUGUCACUUUUGAGGUAUCUGAAGACCUGCAUAGCCCUGUCUUCACCUUACCGCACUCUCUCCUCCCCUCGUCUCAUGUUCCGCGGUUUCUGAAAUAGCUCCUGAUAUUUAAGAUCAGUGCUGAUCAUACCUCUUUACAGACAUCCUAUGAUCAUUUGCUAUCUUUCUAAUGCUCCAUUUCCUGGCUUCAAAAAGGCAAUUUUUAUUUGGGGAGAGCGAUUGACUAUUACAAAGUAGAUUCUACACCCUGUCCCCAGUCACCCUGGGAAUUACAGACUGAUUCCCAAACUACAAGCCUCUUCAAGCAAAUGGCUUUUCAGUUGAGAACGCUGAUAAUCAGUGCAAAGCCGUGGUUCUGUCUCCUUGCUGCCCUACAAUCUAGCACAUGGAUUGAGAUCUCUGGAAUGAGAAUUGCGAGUCUGUGUGAAUGUUACUGUUAUCCACACUGAGGCUUGUGGAGAGUCCCGGACUUCUGAUCAAGCCAUCAGUAUGGUUCAACAGGUAAUGCAAUGGGUAACAAGGACCUGCUUGUGUUGUUGCCGGAAACCUUCCUGUUCAUAACCAGAUUAGAGAUAAAAAAUAUCCCAGCCUAGGCUCACAAGCUCUCAUCUACACCACCGUACCGGACAUUACAGAGUCUUACGGCAUAGGCACACCAUAACACACCAUAACACACCGUGUCCUUACCAACUAGAACUCAACUAUACUAAUCCUGUUUGCCAUCACUUAGUCCAUUGUUCGCCAAGCCCUGGUGAUUCAAGUAAUCAUCUAGUUACUUCUUAUAACCUUCCCACCCCCAGACUGACAAGAAACAGUGCCAGUCCUGCUCCCAAAAUUUGUGAGUUGGACUGACCAAUAGCAACGCACACUAAGCUCUCACCCGGCCUAAACCCCACAUCUUUACCCCUCUCCCUCUUGAAAAUGGCAAUAGGAUUUGUGGCUUCAUACUUGCAAAGGGUGAAAGGUGAUCAGCUGAGGUAAGUUACCUGGCGAUCCAGCAUGCAGUCUUUAGGGUGUUCAUUCAUACUAGGCUGCUUGUCACAAAUGCUAAUGAUUUUCAGCAGACCUCUCCCACAAAUAAAGGGCUGUCUAGAUGUCAGGCACUUUACCCUUCGACCUUAUAAUGAAACAGAUAUCAGGAGUGUGUGUCCAAUCACCUGCACCCUUGCUGCUGACAGAAAUGUUAAGUCACUCCCUAAAGGGUUAACCAAGAGAUACCUGUCAGGAAGCUGACAAGAAACUUAUACACUAGUACGUGAGUAUGUACGUGGGGUUUUUAAGGGACAAUCAGUUUGGAGUUUUUAGCUAUAUUGGAUAUAUUUACCCAUAUAUGAAUUGUGCUUACUGAUGUAUUUAUCUGAAGUAUUACUUGACUAUAGUCCUUCUUUGUUUGGAUUUUUUAUACUAUGUGUGUAUUUUGGAAAUCUUCUAGAUGUUAAAAAUUUUAAUGUUAACAAAUAUUUCUUAUAAAGCCAAGUUCCUAUCUGUCCAAGUUCCUGUUUAUCUUUGCAGUAACCGUUUUGUAUAUAUUCAAGAGGCAUAAGUUUUGGCCCUCCAUUCUAAUGGGGCUUUUUGUUUGAAGUGAUGUGGAUUUUUAAAAAACAUAAUUCUCUCAAGACCUUUUCUACUAAAUUACUAAUACAGCUGAUGAGAUUUUUCUUGAAUAUUUUACAAGCCAAGGUUAUAAACAAAAGAAAAUAUUAUUUAAAUUCUUUUUUCUACAGUUCAUUGUCUGUAUAAAGUAUGCAUCAGGAACAAUCUGACUAGGAAGGUAAAUAAUGUAAAACAGAUGAUUAUUGUAUGAAAGUUGGUACAUAAUUCUUGAGGGAAAGUGAAAUAAACCAAUACAAUUCUUGAAGCCAUAUAUAAAAUCCGGAUGAAAAUAUUAUCAGUAUUAAUUAGCCUGCAUUUAUUCUAGUGUUUAAACUAAUUUUACUUUGUUUUAGUAAUGCAUUACAUUUAUAUAUGUGUAUUUUGGGAAAUAACUGAACUUAGUAGCAGUUUUAGGUUGUUCAAAGUAACACAGAACUUUUGUUCAUCUUUUAUCAGGAAAGGCGAAAUGGAGAAAUGUGGAUAUUGUGUAAUGUAAGCAUAUAUAUGAUUGCUACUAUUUAGUUGAGGGACAGAUUAGCUGUUCUGUUAGCAAAAAAAGAAACACUCUUUGCUACCAGAAAAUAUGAAACACGUUUGGUUUUAUUUUAUAUUAAAAAAAUGAGAGUAGAUGCCAGGAAGGAGUGAUUUUUAGAUAUUUAAUUGGUAGAUGGAAAUUCACCACUGUACAACUGUGAAACUGUGAGUUAAAUUUGUAACGCUGGAAUACUGGUGUAUGCAAGAAGCCUGUGCCACAGAACUGAUAAGGAAUAGAUAGUGUCAGAGGUCUGCCAGCAACUGUGUUCUGUGGCAAAGAUGCAGGCUUAAUUUAGAGAGGAGCCCUGUAGACCAGGGGUUCCCAACCUGGGGCCCAAAGUCCCCUUGCUUAAUGGUAUUAGUCCAUGGCAUAAAAAGGGUUGGGAAGCCCUACUGUAGGCAUAUGACUACCAUCCAAACACCGUGUGAUAGCGUAGACUAUGCAUGUGCAUGUACUUUGCUUGGCCAGGUAAAUGCGAGCAUUCAAAGUCUUCAAUUUUUAACCGUAGCCUUACUGAAAGCAUUAGAAUUUUAAUGAAUGCUGAGGAAGUUUGCAGAGAAAACGUACUUGAACUUAACAUGCUGACGGAUUCUUUAGGAAAAAGCUCUUCACUACAUUUUUUUACAUAGAUAUAUUACACUGACUAAUACUGUGUCAAGCAUUUUUGGGUGCUUGAUUGUAGUCUCAAAUGAAGAAUAAGAUAUAUAUAUUUGGAACCUUACUGUAGACCAUUUGUAACCAGCAUGCCUUGUUUUUUUUCUGAUCAACUUGAUGGGAUUGUUUACUUAUUAUUUCUAGAUAACAGUAUUAAGACUUUUUUUGUACAGCUGAAAUGUAUGGACAAACUCAGAGGGAUUGGGUAAUGGAGAAUUAAAUUCCUGUAUAUGAAGUGUUAUGAACAGUAAGUUCAAUGGGGAAGGAUGUUACCUGGUCUCAUUGAUGUCCAUUACAAUGGCAUUCCCUCAUGUGCCUUAUUGUUGCUGGUUAGUAUAAGCCUGCUUAUGAAACUUUCAAUAGUAUUCUAUUGGUGCAUUAAAACAAU